AUGGCAGCAGGAGUAGCAGCAUGGCUGCCCUUUGCCAGGGCAGCCGCCAUAGGAUGGAUGCCAGUGGCCAACUGUCCUAUGCCACUGGCUCCAACGGAGAAAAACAAGAGGCAGGAUGAGCUGAUCAUUCUCAAUGUGAGUGGCAGGCGUUUCCAGACCUGGAGGACUACACUGGAGAGAUACCCGGACACUCUCCUGGGUAGCACCGAGAAGGAGUUCUUCUUCAAUGAAGACACUAAGGAGUACUUCUUUGACCGGGACCCUGAGGUCUUUAGGUGCAUCUUGAAUUUUUAUAGAACUGGCAAGCUGCACUACCCCAGGUACGAGUGCAUCUCUGCUUACGAUGAAGAGCUUGCCUUCUAUGGGAUCCUCCCUGAAAUCAUUGGGGACUGCUGCUACGAAGAGUACAAAGACAGAAAGAGGGAGAACGCAGAGCGGCUGAUGGAUGACAAUGACUCUGAAAACAACCAAGAAGGGUCCAUGCCAUCCCUGAGCUUCCGGCAGACCAUGUGGCGAGCCUUUGAGAACCCCCACACCAGCACCUUAGCCUUAGUCUUUUACUAUGUCACCGGUUUCUUUAUUGCUGUCUCUGUAAUCACUAAUGUCGUGGAAACUGUCCCUUGCGGCACGGUGCCUGGAAACAAGGAGCUUCCAUGUGGGGAAAGAUAUGCUGUGGCUUUCUUUUGCUUGGACACAGCUUGUGUGAUGAUUUUCACAGUUGAGUAUCUGUUGAGACUCUUUGCGGCCCCAAGUCGCUACAGAUUCAUCAGAAGUGUGAUGAGCAUCAUUGACGUGGUGGCCAUCAUGCCGUACUACAUUGGCUUGGUGAUGACCAACAACGAGGAUGUCAGUGGAGCCUUUGUGACAUUAAGGGUUUUCAGGGUUUUCAGGAUUUUCAAGUUCUCUCGCCAUUCCCAAGGCUUAAGAAUCUUGGGCUACACUUUGAAGAGCUGUGCCUCCGAGCUUGGCUUUCUCCUCUUUUCCCUCACUAUGGCAAUCAUCAUCUUUGCAACUGUGAUGUUUUAUGCAGAGAAAGGGUCCUCAGCAAGCAAAUUCACCAGUAUUCCUGCUUCCUUUUGGUACACUAUUGUAACCAUGACAACACUGGGUUAUGGUGACAUGGUGCCCAAGACAAUUGCUGGGAAGAUAUUUGGCUCCAUUUGCUCGCUGAGUGGGGUGCUGGUCAUUGCUCUGCCGGUUCCAGUCAUUGUUUCCAACUUCAGCCGAAUUUACCACCAGAACCAGAGAGCCGACAAGCGGAGAGCACAGAAGAAAGCCCGGCUUGCGAGGAUUCGAGUGGCCAAGACGGGCAGCUCCAAUGCCUACCUUCACAGCAAGCGCAACGGCCUGCUCAAUGAAGCCCUUGAGCUGACGGGAUCCACUGAAGAUGAGCAGCACACGACUAAAGGCACCUCCUUAAUUGAAAGCCAACAUCACCACCUGCUGCACUGCCUGGAAAAAACAACCGGAUUGUCCUAUCUUGUGGAUGAUCCCCUGUUAUCUGUACGAACUUCCACCAUCAAGAACCACGAGUUCAUAGACGAGCAACUGUUCGAGCAGAACUGCAUGGAGAGCUCAAUGCAGAACUAUCCUUCCUCUCGGAGCCCCUCCUUGUCAAGUCACCACGGCCUGACCACCUCCUGCUGCUCUCGCCGUAACAAGAAGACCACUCACCUUCCCAACUCCAGUGUGCCGGCCACCCGCCUGCGGAGCAUGCAGGAGCUCAGCACCAUCCACAUCCAGUGCAGCGAGCAGCCCUCCCUUACAACAAGUCGUUCCAGUCUCAACAUGAAAUCAGAUGAUGGGCUGAGACCGAACUGCAAAACUGCCCAGAUAACAACAGCCAUCAUCAGCAUCCCCACGCCGCCGGCACUCACGCCAGAAGGUGAGAGCAGACCUCCACCCAGCAGUCCUGGCCACGCCACGAACAUUCCCACCACCACCACAAGCAACAUAGUCAAGGUCUCUGCCUUGUAAGACGUCUCAUGCACAGAAGGAGGCUGGAAGACCAGUGCCCCUCUCCCUCCACACCUCCAUGUUCCUUUCUUGCUGCAAAUUGUGCCUGGAUGGACCAACCUGACAUUUUGUCAUCAAAUUAGCAAUGGAGACCUAACGAGGCAGCUUUCUCCAGACUCGUGUCAUGCUGUGGACUGAGGAAGGAUUAGGAAAGGGAGGAAGAGGCUGGUUAAAGGAAAAACCUGCACUGAGAGCAGGUUGUGCCAUGGUACAGGGCAAAAAUCACCUGCAGAGACUGGAGGGAAAAAAAUCAUCAUGGCAACAAGAGAGUCAAUAAAGAAAAUGGGAAUAUAACACUGUGUAUCGCAGCACCUUUUUAAAGGUUUUUAAUGGAUAAUAUUUAUUCAUGAGGAAAUGA